GACAACUUUCAGCUCCGAUCAUGGCAGGAAGGUUUUGGAAAGAAGCUGCAUCACUUAUUAUUGUUGGCAGAGCAGCAAAUUCUGGGCUACAGAAAUUCGGUCGACAUCAUGCUGAUUAUAAUCUUCUAUUUUUGAAACGAAGUCAGAAGAGCAGGUUCAUGCCAAAUGCCUUUGUUUUCCCUGGUGGAGUGAUUGAAAAUUCAGAUUUUUCACAAGAAUGGCUUGGAGUUUUUGAAAAAUGUGGUUACUCGUCUGAAGACCUCUAUAGAGACUUCCGGUCCAGUGGGCCGCUUCCAGAUAUGUAUACCAAUAAACCCCUGAAAUCCCUCCUCCCGGAAGUUGGCUUUCGGAUAAAUGCCAUCCGUGAAACCUUUGAGGAAUGUGGCCUCUUAUUGUCCUCACAUCAGAGAGAACCCAGUCUCAGGCCGCAGGAUUUGAAGGAAUGGCAAGAGGCAGUGCAUAAGGAUUCUCUAAAGUUUUUGAAGUUUUUCCAAGAAUUUGGAGGGUGCCCAGCCAUCUGGAAGCUCCAUGAGUGGUCCAACUGGCUCACCCCAACAAAGAUGAGUAGCCGGAGGUUUGACACUAUUUUCUUCAUUACCUUCUUGGAUAGCAUACCAGAGCUAAACCAUGAUGACAAGGAAAUCUCAGGGAUACAGAUAUCAUCACUAGGCAGCAUUCUGAGACAGUGGAACAAUGGAGACCUGUGGCUUCCUCCUCCCCAACUGUAUGAAAUCAGUCGUUUCCUGCAGUUCACACAUUUUGACAAAAUGAAACAUUUUGCGCAAGACCGUGCAAAAAAAGGCCUGGAACAAUAUUUACCAGUGCGAGUCAACACAAACAAUGGUGUUAUAAGUGUAUUACCAGGUAGGAAUAUUAUACAUAAUAACUGUUCAAAAACAAGUCAAAACCACAAGCAGGCGUCUUGGAACAGUCCUAUUCAGCUUAGCGGAGGCUUCCUUAAGAUAGACGAGAUUUAG